UUAGAAAUUAAAUUUAAAAAAAAAUCCGAAGAAAAUGGUCUCUCGACGGACAAAAAAGUUAGGUUCUUCUUUCAAACCACACAAGACAAAGACAGCAACACGAGACAUGUUGUUGUCUCUCUCUCUCUCUUUCUCUUUUUUCUUUUUCUUCUUCGUCAGUCUUUUUUCUCCUCUUGUUCCUCGUGCCCUCUUCUCCUUUGCUCCAGAUACAGGUCACAUUCAUACAAUACAACCAACGAUCUCUCGCUCUCUAUCCAUCUGUGAUCUGUGCAUGCACACACGAGUAUAGAUCUCUUCUCUGCUUAUAGAGAUGGCGAAGCGCGGAAGUUGUUCGACGAUAUGCGUGAAUGAAAAAUCGCAAAGGUUUCGAAUUGUCAGAAUCUCCGAAAAGGUUGAUAAUGUUGUUAAUGCAAGAAGCAGCAGCUUCGUCGAGCGUUCUAUCCCUCUCGUUCUCUUACUCUGGUGCUUCCUCUUCCUCGUCUACUCCAAGCUUGGCCAAAGCCAUGAUUAUGGAGAUAAAAUUGGGAAUCACACUGAUGGAUCAGUUCCAAAGAUCCUCAAUUCCACGAGUUCUGGUGGAGCUACUGGAAAAGAAAACAACUAUUGUCUCCUGAGAAACGGCCAGUUACAAGAUGUGUAUGAGCAUGUUCUUGGGAACAAUGCUUUGUUGAUCUGCAAAAUUGUGAUGCCAGAACGAAGAAUAAACAAGAAGACCCUAGAAGCUCGUGAUCCUAGAUAUGCCAAUCUUGAAGACAAAAGUCUCAAAGCAAAUGGCUCAUCACAGCUUGUGAAUAAUGCAACUCAUUAUAGGUUAGAACCAGAUGGAACUGGUUAUAACUAUGCUUCUGCUAUGAAGGGAGCAAAAGUGGUGGAGCAUAACAAGGAAGCAAAAGGAGCUAGCAAUGUGCUUGGCAAAGAUCAUGACAAGUAUCUAAGAAACCCGUGUUCCGUGUCGAAUAAGUCUGUCGUGAUUGAACUUGCCGAGGAGACGCUGGUUGACACAGUGAGAAUUGCAAAUUUUGAGCAUUAUUCUUCGAAUCUCAAAGAGUUUAGCUUGUCAGGUAGCUUGAGUUACCCAACCGAGAUGUGGACUCCCGCUGGGAGUUUCGUGGCUGCAAACAUUAAGCAGAUUCAGACAUUCCGGCUCCUUGAACCUAAAUGGUUGAGAUAUCUUAAACUUAACUUAGUUAGUCACUACGGAUCUGAGUUUUACUGUACUCUGAGUGUUGUGGAGGUAUUUGGCAUUGAUGCUCUUGAGCAAAUGCUUGAAGAUCUAUUUGUUCCAUCAGAGACUCUUCCCAGUAAACCAGCUAUGUUGGAACUAAAAACCGCAGAUGAAAAGCAAGUUGGGGAAGUGAAAAGCAAUAGGACAGAUCAGAUUGGUAAGGAGACUGAAGCGCAGAAGAAGAAAGAUGACGUUGUGAAGACGAUUAAUCUCAUAGGAGAGAAGAAAUAUGAAGUUAGGGAGAAGCAUAACGUUUUGAAAGUGAUGAUGCAGAAAGUGAAACUGAUUGAGAUGAAUUUAUCGGUUCUUGAGGACUCUGUAAAGAAAAUGAAUGACAAGCAACCAGAAUUUAGCUUGGAGAUGAAGAGAACUCUUAUGCUUGUGGAGAAAAGCAAAGCUGAUAUCAGAGAGAUCACUGAAUGGAAAAUGAAAAUGGAAAAGGAACUUAGAGACCUAGAGCUAUGGAAAACUUUUGUUGCUUCCCGUGUAGAAUCCUUGGCCAGAGGAAACACUGCACUGAGAUUGGAUGUAGAGAAGAUUGUGAAAGAACAAGCAAAUCUAGAGAGCAAAGAGCUUGGAGUUCUAUUGAUAAGCCUCUUUUUUGUGGUCUUAGCAACGAUUCGGUUAGUCUCAAGGCGACUUUGGGCGUUUCUGAGGAUGUCUUAUACGGAUAAAGUGCGAUCGUUGUGGCCGGAUAGCGGUUGGAUCAUGAUACUUCUAAGCAGCAGCAUCAUGAUUUUCAUUACUUUACUGUCUUAGUUAGUAGUUUAGUACAUGUAGGAGGAGUUAUUAGGCUUAGGUAUCUUUUAACAGUGACUUGCUAUUUAAUAUUUCUAGGCCUAGGAAUCAAGAAUAGAAUUUGAGUUUUCAUAGAUAUUGUUAAACUGGAUCCAAAAAAAAAUCAGUUGAGAGCUUUAGAAUUCAGAGCUUUAAUUAACUGUGUCUGUGUGUUUCAUGUUUCAAAACGGUGUUGUGUAACCAACAAGAACGAGAUGCUAUUUCAUACUACAGUAAUAAUUUCCCUUGAAAUAAAUUAUCUCGAUCAUUUGAUGUAA